GGCAAAACAAAGAUGCAAACAGGUUCACAGGCCCUGUCAGGCCUACGGCGACUUAGCAGCAUCGCAACGAAAAGUGAGCCAUUCUCAGUUUACAUCCAUUGGCCAUACUGUUCAAGCAAAUGUACGUAUUGCAAUUUCAACAAAUAUGUCGAUCCAUUGGUAGAUCACGAGCGUAUGCAAGCGUCGUUAUUAAGGGAACUCAAAACUGAGUUGAAGCAUUGGAAUCUGGAUCAAAGGUCUCGACCAAUUCGUUCUAUAUACUUCGGAGGAGGAACUCCAAGUCUUGCGAAGCCAGCAAUGUUCCAAUCUAUCCUGGAGACACUGGACGACAUGUGCAAUAUGUCCCAGGAUACAGAAAUUACCAUGGAGGUAAACCCAUCUUCAACUACAUCUGUUGAAACAUUGAAAGCCCUACGAGAAAUCGGAAUCAAUCGAUAUUCCUUAGGAGUACAAUCAUUUCAAGCGCAUAUUUUGAAGGAGCUUGGACGUGACCACACACCAUCAUCAGCACUAAGAUCCCUUCGGGAUGCAAGGGCUGUCUGGCCUGGGAGAGUCUCUAUGGACUUGAUCAUGGGACAUGCCGGCCAAACUCUAAGCGAUUGGAUUAAAGAGUUACGCUUUACUCUAGAUGUUGUGGAUGAUCAUCUGAGCCUUUAUCAUCUCACAGUUGAGCGAGGUACAGCUCUUCAUCGCGAUGUGGCACAGGGAAAAAUCCUUUUACCAGACCAUGAGUUGGCGUCAGACAUGUACGAUGCAAUGAUAGAGAUAACUGAGGAUGUUGGGUUCGAGCAUUACGAAGUAUCCAAUUUUGCUAGAAAUCGUGCCUAUAGCCUGCACAACAGUGGUCAUUGGUUGGGCAUUGAUUAUCUUGGAAUUGGGCCAGGUGCACAUGGCCGUGUACGAGAUCCUAUUACAGGAGAUCUUUUCCGUACUUUUAAUAUUCGGGAUCCAGCAGGCUGGAUGCGACAAUGUACUGAACAAGGCACAGGCUGUAGAAGAAGAGUGGCAAUUGAGCCAGACGAAUUCAAACAAGAGUUGAUCGUACUUGGUAUGCGUACUAGUCGAGGUAUUGAGCUAUCCAGGUUUUAUCAGUUGACAGGUCAAGAUCUUAUGAAGUAUUUGAACAAAGAAGCAACAGAGUCAUGUUUGUCUGCAGGUCUGUUACGUGUAACUCCAGCAAAGGUAUAUCCGACUGAGCGAGGUAUGGCAGUAGCAGAUGAACUCGUUGCAAGGCUGUUGCCUUGAAUGGACUUUUAAAGCUAAAGCACUACAACGCAGGCACUAUAGAG